UUAUAAUUUUUUUUUAGUUCCAGUGCCUAGUUUUGUUUUGUUAUUUUUUUUUAAACUGCCAGCCAGUACCCCCACUGCCCAGUGUGUUAUAUUGUUGUGCUAAUUGUUUUAAAUAUUUAAUUGUUGUACUAAUUCAUUAAUUAUACUUUAUACAUUUCACAGAUUGUUGUGAAUGUCAACACACUCAACUGAGAUGUCUGAUUAUGAAGAUGAAGCAAUCCAAAAUGAAGGGGUUAGCGUUGAUGCAAAUGCAAGUAGUAAAACACCCGGUGCCUCUAAGUCAAAGAAACGAAAAAUUAGUCGGACAAAAUCUGAGGUAUGGGAUCAUUUUACCAAAUUUGAAAAUUUGAAAUCUUCUUGUGCUAGAGUUUCUCUUACCACUGAUAGUUGGACAUCAUUGCAAAGAGUGAAUUAUAUGUGUCUUACAUUGCAUUAUAUUGAUAAUGAAUGGAAAUUGCACAAAAGAAUACUUAAUUUUUGUCCAAUUUCUAGUCAUAAGGGAGAAGAUAUUGGUAAGGCAAUUGAGAAAUGUUUGCGGGAUUGGGGACUUGAUAAUGUUUUCACUAUCACAGUAGACAAUGCUAGUUCAAAUGAUGUUGCUACGGGGUAUUUGAGGAAGAAGUUCAAUAAUUUGGGUAGUUCGAUUUUAGAUGGGAAAUUUCUUCACAUGAGAUGCAUUGCUCACAUUGUUAAUUUGGCUGUGAAUGAUGCUUUGAAGGAAAAUAAUGAAUCAAUUUGUCGUGUUAGAGGGGCAGUGAGAUAUGUGAGACAAUCACCAUCUAGAUUGCAAAAGUUUAAAGAAUGUAUUCAAAUGGAGAAAAUUCAAUCCAAGGCUUUGUUAAGCUUAGAUGUAUGCACUAGGUGGAAUUCUACUUAUCUUAUGUUGGAUUCAGCACAAAAGUUUGAGAGAGCCUUUGAGAGAUUUGAGGAGCUUGAUCCACAUUAUGGUCAUGACCUUUUGAAUAGUGAAGGAAUUCCGGACCAUGAUGAUUGGGAAAAUGUUAGGAGGUUGUGCAUGUUUUUGGGUCAUUUCUAUGAUCUUACUGUGAAAGUUUCAGGCUCAUUGUAUGUUACUUCAAAUACUUAUUUUCCAGAAAUAUGUGAAGUGUAUUCUAUUUUGCGUGAUUGGAUAAAGAGUCGGGAUUCACAUUUUAGUUCAAUGGCACAAAGAAUGAAAGAUAAAUUUGACAAGUAUUGGGGAAAUGUGGACAAAAUGAAAGAUAAAUUUGACAAGUAUUGGGGAAAUGUGGACAAAAUGAAUAUGUUGUUGUAUGUUUAUUGGGGAAAUGUGGACAAAAUGAAUAUGUUGUUGUAUGUUGCAACUGUGCUUGACCCUAGGAGAAAGUAUGUGUAUGCUGAUUUUUGUUUCAAAAGGAUGUAUUCAAAUGAUGAAGCCUCUAUAUUGUCCAAAAAGCUUAGACAAGUGAUGAUGGAUUUGUUUAAUGAAUACAAGAGGUUGCAUGAAUCUUCUUCUUCUUCAGUAGUUGAGACUUUUCAAUCAAAUGAGAUUGUAAGUGAGGACAUGCCUUCUAUACCUCAACCUCCAAAGAAAGGGAAACAAAAAGCUGUUAAUAAGGAAUUCAUGAAGUAUUUGGAAGAAAUUGGUUGUGCUAAUCAGAUCACAGAGUUGGAUAAGUACAUUACUGAACAACUUGAGAAUGGUGACUUCCCAUUCUUUCAAGCUUAG